UGUGCCUCCUCCUCGGCGUGCUGGUGUUCUGGUGUUGCAGCUUCCUAUUUACUGAGACUUCUUAAAACAGGUUCACACUGUGAGUGCAACGCGUCUUGGGUGCUGACAGUAAAUAUCAGCGCUGGAAGGCGGGAGGUCAUCAGCUUUCCAAGUUUAACUCAAGAUGACUCCAGUUGUGCGCAAAAGAUGACACCGGCAGACUAAACUAUGAAUUUAUUCCAGCUCAGCUUUGAUCGGCGUUGACAUGAAGUGACCGUGGAUGUUUUUUUAAUCACACGUUUGGUUUUAAUAUUUAUUUUAUUUCCGCUUCUUUCGUAACUUUGCUUUUGCUUUUUUUUUGUGCUUUUUUUUUUUUUUUUUUUUUUUUGGUCGUUGUUUAUAUAUAUACUUCCAUUUCGGAAAAUGAAGUUUAAUGGUUAUCUGAAGCUGCGGAUCGGCGAGGCGCUGAACCUGAAACCCACCUCCUUCUCACUCCGCCACUCUGUCAUCUUCAACAAGGCCCCCCUGGCCCUGGACCCCUACAUCGUGGUGAAGGUGGACGACUUCAAAAUCGGACAGACCCACACCAAACAGAAAACCAACAUGCCCACGUACAACGAGGAGUUCUGCCUCAACGUGAACGACGGGAGGCAAAUCGAGCUCGCAGUCUUCCACGACACUCCGAUAGGAUACGAUGACUUUGUGGCCAACUGCACCAUCCAGUUUGGGGACCUCAUCGAAACCUCCAACACGGGGGAGACCUUUGAGCGAUGGAUGGACUUGGAGCCAGAGGGCAAGGUCUAUGUCCUCAUUACACUUACUGGAUCCUUCACUGACGAUGAUGCCAUAGUGACGGAGAAGCCCCGCAAGCAGUUCACGAGGAAACGGAACGGAGCCGUGAGGCGGAGGAUACACCAGGUCAACGGGCACAAGUUCAUGUCCACGUUCCUCCGUCAGCCGACCUUCUGUUUUCACUGCAGAGAGUUCAUCUGGGGCGUUUUCGGAAAGCAGGGUUACCAGUGUCAAUUAUGCACCUGUGUAGUUCACAAGCGAUGCCACCAGCAUGUUGUUACCGUGUGUCCGCAUAUGAAGAAGCCAGCGAAAGAGCAGCCCAUAAACCCGGGUUUCAGCAUCAACGUCCCUCACAAGUUCAACUCCCACAACUACAAGUCGCCCACCUUCUGUGACCACUGUGGCUCACUGCUGUGGGGAAUAGUCAGACAGGGGCUUCAGUGUAAAAUUUGUAAAAUGAACGUUCACAUCCGGUGCAAAGGCAACGUCGCUCCAAACUGUGGGGUCAACAACGUGGAACUGGCCAAAAAGCUUGCAGAGAUGGGCCUGCAGGCCGGAGGACUUCCCAAAAGAAACUCAGUGGUUAACAAUUUAGAACAGACGAGGGAGCCCACUGAGCGGAGGGAGAGCGCGGGCAGUCAACCGCAGGCCCCUCGGCUGGGGAUUUCAGACUUCACGUUCCUUCAAGUGCUCGGCAAGGGAAGCUUUGGCAAGGUGAUGCUGGCGAAACUAAACAGCCAAGAUCGGGUUUUCGCCGUCAAGGUGUUGAAGAAGGACAUCAUUUUGCAGGAUGACGAUGUCGAGUGCACCAUGACAGAGAAGAGGGUGCUGUCUCUCGCCCGCGAUCACCCAUACCUCACACAGCUGUACUGCUGCUUCCAGACGCCGGAUCGUCUCUUCUUCGUGAUGGAGUUCGUGAAUGGUGGCGAUCUCAUGUUCCACAUCCAGAAGUCCAGGAAGUUUGAGGAGGCCCGAGCGCGUUUCUACACGGCAGAGAUCACCUCGGCUCUCAUGUUCCUGCACAGCAAAGGCAUCAUUUACAGGGACCUAAAACUGGACAAUGUUCUUCUUGACAAGGACGGUCACUGUAAGCUGGCAGAUUUUGGGAUGUGCAAGGAGGGAAUAUUUGAUGGUGUGGCCACGGGGACAUUCUGCGGGACCCCGGAUUACAUCGCCCCUGAGAUUCUGCAAGAGAUGCUCUACGGCCCUUCUGUUGACUGGUGGGCGCUUGGCGUGCUGCUGUACGAGAUGCUGUCAGGGCACGCGCCGUUCGAGGCCGAAAACGAAGACGACCUGUUCGAGUCCAUCCUCAAUGAGGAGAUUGUUUACGCGUCCUGGCUUAGCACGGAGGCCGUUAAUAUACUCAAAGCUUUCUUGACCAAAAACCCAGCUAGGCGUCUGGGCUGUGUGGCCUCGGAGGGCGGCGAGAACGCUGUGAUCAGCCACUCCUUCUUCACCGGUAUUGAUUGGGAGAAACUGAAUCGUAGGGAAAUAGAACCACCCUUCAAGCCAAGGAUCAAAACCCCGGAGGACGUCAACAACUUUGACCCAGAUUUUACCCAGGAAGAGCCCACCCUCACGCCCAUUGAUGACCCUCUGAUCCCCUCCGCCAACCAGGAGGAGUUUCGCAACUUUUCCUUCACGUCACCUGAACUGCUGGAGAGCUAAGAGCCUCCUCGCUCGUUUGCAAGCCUUCACCUGCCUCACUCUCCCCGGUAUCUAUGGCUUUGCCUGAGACAUUUCCCAGUGGUGUUCGAUAUGAUGCUGUUACUUUCCCCCAAAGAUAUGAGUGCGCAAAGUGCCAAGGAGUCAGCCGGUCAGCAGCUCGUCAAGGACGCGGGCCUGCAUCUGAACUCUUAAGCGUAAAGUGUAAUUCCGGACAAAGUGGCACACGGCCAGCUUUUGAAUUACAUUUAGUUUGUACUGUGAUAAUGGCUUAAUUGACACAUUCAUGCAAUUUGACAUGGUGUAUUUGAUAUGUUGUUGUGUUGUAAUGAGUUUGCUUCCGUUUUCUUCAAAUGAAAAAGCACUUUCUGAAGCACAA